AUGGAGCAACGAUACGACUACGUACAUGUACCCGGGUGUGCACCCCUACGCACAGUCGAUCCAGCUGGCAUAUUAAUAGAUGAAGAACACGGCGCGACCUUACCUGCGGAUUACACCCAGAAUGCAAUCUCGGGAAUUACAUUCUCGUCAGAAUUGAUAAACUUUGCAUACGGCAAAACAGCGACUCAAACACACAUAGUUGGUGGCGGGGAACCAGAUCACGCGGUAGACGGAGAGACAGGAUACCUCCAAGACGUAUCGUCAGGGGGCUGUACAUCAACAAAAACUAAAGGCAAAACUAAGUGGUGGAAAGUAGACAUGGAAAUGGACUAUAUCGUAAAAUACGUUGUUGUUUACAACACGGAAAUUAACAACAGUGUUCUGAACGACGCCAUAGUGGGUGUCAGUCGUGACGACAUUACAUAUGAUACAUGUGAUAUUAUAACAAGUGAUAUGGUAUCAACAUCGCGUGUAAUAGUUAUGGAGUGUGAUCACGUGAUGGUUGGACGAUACGUCAAAGUUACAAUCAAUAAACAGGGUAUAUCAUUGACCUUAUGUGAAGUUGAGGUGUAUGACCAAG